AUGCCAUGGGUUGUGUUGCAGAACAAGAUUGUGGACCAGUGUGAGAGACUGCAGUUACAGAGUGCUGGCAUCACCAAGUACAUGGCUGAGGUCCUACCAGGGAAGAACCAGAGAGCAGUGAGCAUGGCCAGCGCAGCGCGGGAACUGGUCAUCCAGCGGCUGGGUCUGGUGAGGAGUCUGUGUGAGACUGAGGAGCAGCGGUUGCUGGAACAGGUGCAUGGCGAAGAGGAGCGGGCCCACCAGAGCAUCCUGACGCAGCGAGUACACUGGGCUGAGGCUUUGCAGAAGCUCGACACCAUCCGCACCAGCCUGGUGGACAUGCUCACCCAUACGGAUGACCUCCAGCUGAUUCAGAAGGAGCAGGAGAUUUUUGAGAGGGCUGAGGAAGCAGAGGGCAUUUUGGAUCCCCAGGAGUCGAAAAAGUUAAACUUUAAUGAGACGUGUGCUUGGAGCCCACUUCUGAACCAGCUCUGGGCAACAGCCGCUCUCGGCUCCCUCUCAGGCACAGAGGAUGUGCGCAUCGAUGAGAGGACUGUCAGCCCCUUCCUGCAAUUGUCAGAUGAUGGAAGGACUCUGACCUUCAAUGCCAAGAAGUCUAAGGCCUGUGCAGAUGGCCCAGAGCGCUUUGACCACUGGCCCAACGCCCUGGCCGCCACCUCUUUCCAGUCUGGGCUGCACGCGUGGAUGGUAAAUGUGCAGAACAGUUGUGCCUACAAGGUGGGCGUGGCCUUAGGCCAGCUGCCCCGUAAGGGUUCUGGCAGUGACUCUCGUCUGGGCCACAAUGCCUACUCCUGGGUCUUCUCCCGCUAUGACCAAGAGUUCUGUUUCUCACACGGCGGGCAGCAUGUGCCCCUGGGGCUGCUGCGUUGCCCAGCACAGCUGGGCGUGCUGCUGGACUUGCAGGCCCAGGAGCUGCUAUUCUACGAUCCAGCCUCGGGCACGGUGCUCCACACCCACCAGGCGUCCUUCCCUGGGCCCCUCUUCCCAGUCUUUGCUGUGGCCGACCAGACCAUUUCCAUUGUCCACUGACCUUCGGCACUGGGGAGGCUAGAUCUGCCUGCCCACCAUCCUUUUAGGCCACAUUUCUACCCAGUAUCCUUUUCCCAAAUGUUGCCCAUGCCCACCGGGCAGCUUUAGGAGGGGUAGGAUCCAUUUCAGAUCCGGUAUAACCAUUAAAUGCUUUAUCUGUGGGGAACCUGCCACUCCCUGGGCCUUAGUCUCCCAAAUUCACCCUCUAAGGGUGUCUUGUUCACCACUUUAUCUCUGGCAUCCAGCAUGGUGCCUGGUGAGCGUGCAAUAAAUAUUUGGCAAGUGAAUGGGUGGAUGGAUGGAUGGAUGGAUGGAUGGAUAGGUGGAUGGGUGCAUGUGGUAGACUCUUCUGGAGAAGCACUGCCUUUCAGCCCCCUGCCCCUAGCUCUGAGCGUGUAGAAAUGGUUUUCUGGCAGAAAAGCCUGUGGCUGAAGUCCUUUCAUCUCAGUUGAGUGCUUUUCAGUCCUUCCCAUGACAUGACACAGGGAAAGAAUUUUUCUAGCACACAAGGACAGCUUGGAAGGGACCUAGAACUCCUGCCAGCUGCUCCUGGUCAGAGGACUCUGGCCGGGGGCUGUGUCCUAACCCAGGGCCUACCUGGCCACUCAGAAGACUGAGAAAAUCCUGUCUCCAGGUAACCUGACUGCAACACACCCAUCAGCAGCUCUGCCUUGGACCUGGCGGCUGACCUCCAGCCUGUACCCACUGCAGUAACCGGGAUUAAUUCCCCCCCACCUGCAGCUGAUGAGUGCCCUGCCUGGUGGCCCCUUCUGACAUAAUGUGGGGACCUGGGGGGAGAACCUGGAGUCAGAAAGAGCUGAGGGGGUAAGAGGGCCAGCCUUAGGGAAUGUGUACAUUAUUAAAGGUUUUAAAAGACUGACAA